AAGUCUUUCUGGAGUGGCCAUUUUGGUAUUCUCAUUAAGAGCUUUUCAGUGAAACUCACUGUCAACCACACAACAUUUUCCAACACGCAUUGUCCCUCUCUCUCUCUCUCUCUCUCUCUCUCUCUCUCUUCUCUUUAUUUAUUCAACUUCACAGCCACUAUCACUAGCACUUUCUCAGUGGGACUUGUUUUUGUUGUUCUUCUUGUUGAUGUUCUUUUUCUUCUUGCUCUGUCUCUGCAUGUACUGUGCUUCGUUUCAUUUCUGGGUUCUUCUUCAUUUGACCUCGAAUUCAACUUAUUGAGCUCUCUUUUUGUGCUUCUUGUUGGUUUUGGUUGUAAUGGCGCUUUGUACAUUAUCAUUUCCUUCACAUCUUAGCCGAGCUGCAGCUUCAGAUCCUCAGAAGUCAACCUCCUUUUUGUCUCAGAUUUCUUGGGGAGCAGAUCUAUUGGGCUUAGCUCGAUUCAAGUUUAAUCAGGUCAGGAAAAGGCCAUGUGGGGUUUUUGCAUCACUUUCAGAGAUGGGGGAGUAUCAUUCACAGAGACCACCAACUCCUCUCUUGGAUACCAUAAACUAUCCAAUUCACAUGAAAAAUCUAUCUGUCAAGGAGCUUAAACAGCUAUCGGAUGAACUAAGGUCUGAUGUCAUCUUCAAUGUUUCUAAGACUGGAGGUCACCUUGGCUCAAGCCUUGGGGUUGUGGAGCUUACUGUGGCUCUUCAUUAUGUCUUUAAUGCUCCUCAAGAUAGGAUAUUAUGGGAUGUUGGUCAUCAGUCUUACCCUCAUAAAAUCUUGACUGGAAGAAGAGAUAAGAUGCAUACUAUAAGGCAGACAAAUGGGUUGUCAGGAUUUACCAAGCGCUCCGAGAGUGAAUACGAUUGCUUUGGGACUGGUCAUAGUUCUACCACUAUCUCAGCUGGCUUGGGUAUGGCUGUUGGGAGAGAUCUAAAGGGAAGAAAGAAUAAUGUUGUUGCAGUCAUAGGUGAUGGUGCCAUGACAGCAGGGCAAGCUUAUGAAGCCAUGAACAAUGCUGGGUACCUCGACUCUGACAUGAUUAUUAUUCUUAAUGACAACAAACAGGUUUCUUUACCUACUGCUACACUUGAUGGGCCUAUACCACCUGUUGGAGCUUUGAGCAGUGCUCUCAGUAGGUUGCAGUCAAACAGACCGCUCAGAGAACUAAGAGAGGUUGCCAAGGGAGUUACUAAACAAAUUGGUGGCACAGUCCAUGAACUGGCUGCAAAAGUUGAUGAAUAUGCUCGCGGAAUGAUCAGCGGUUCUGGAUCAACAUUAUUUGAAGAGCUUGGACUCUAUUAUAUUGGUCCAGUUGAUGGUCACAACAUGGAUGAUCUCAUUUCUAUUCUCAAGGAGGUUAAAAGCACGAAAACAACAGGUCCAGUCCUAAUCCACGUUGUUACAGAGAAAGGUCGGGGGUAUCCUUAUGCAGAGAUGGCUGCUGACAAGUACCAUGGAGUUGCAAAGUUUGAUCCAGCAACUGGAAAGCAAUUCAAAGGCAGUGCAAGCACACAGUCUUAUACAACAUAUUUUGCAGAGGCUUUGAUUGCAGAAGCAGAGGCAGAUAAAGAUAUUGUGGCCAUCCAUGCUGCCAUGGGGGGUGGAACAGGCUUAAAUCUCUUCCUUCGCCGGUUCCCUACGAGAUGUUUUGAUGUUGGGAUAGCAGAACAGCAUGCUGUUACUUUUGCUGCAGGUCUGGCAUGUGAAGGCUUGAAACCUUUUUGUGCAAUUUACUCAUCUUUCAUGCAGAGGGCCUAUGAUCAGGCAAUACAUGAUGUUGAUUUGCAGAAGCUUCCAGUGAGAUUCGCAAUGGACAGAGCUGGACUAGUUGGAGCAGAUGGUCCUACACAUUGUGGCUCAUUUGAUGUUACUUUCAUGGCAUGCCUUCCUAACAUGGUGGUGAUGGCUCCUUCCGAUGAGGCAGAGCUUUUCAACAUGGUUGCAACUGCUGCUGCCAUAGAUGACCGUCCAAGUUGCGUCCGUUACCCAAGAGGAAAUGGAAUUGGUGUUCCAUUGCCACCAGGGAAUAAAGGCAUUCCUAUUGAGGUUGGAAAGGGCAGGAUAUUGAUAGAAGGGGAAAGAGUUGCACUUUUGGGCUAUGGAACAACAGUUCAGAGUUGUUUAGCUGCAGCAUCUUUAGUUGAACGCCAUGGCUUGAGGCUAACAGUUGCAGAUGCUCGUUUUUGCAAACCUUUGGAUCGUACACUGAUCCGCAGCCUUGCAAAAUCACACGAGGUUUUGAUUACAGUUGAAGAAGGAUCAAUUGGAGGCUUUGGAUCUCAUGUUGUGCAGUUCCUGGCCCUUGAUGGUCUUCUUGAUGGAAAUCUAAAGUGGAGACCACUGGUUCUUCCAGACCGAUACAUUGACCACGGUUCGCCUGCUGAUCAAUUGGCAGAAGCUGGUCUGACACCUUCUCAUAUUGCAGCAACAGUAUUCAAUAUACUUGGACAAACAAGGGAGGCACUGGAGAUCAUGUCCUAAAGAGAUUCAAAAGGUUUUUCCUUUUUUUUUAUUGUUUCGUCCCUAUUAUAAUGUACAAAGUUGUGUUUACAAUAUGCAAUAGUUUGGUAUUUCCCAUUUUGUAUAGAAAAGUAUUAGGACAGGACCACAGCAUACCCCAUUGAUCUGGUUAGCAAUGAAAGCACCAAAGCAGUGUGAAAAAAAAAAAAAAAGAAAAAAAGAAAAAGGGAAAACCAAUGGAUAUUUGUUUAUCCUGAUAAGAAAUGUGGGGGCUAAUCAGGAUGAGACUUUUAGUUUGGAAAAAUUCAUGAGGCUUUUUAUAAGACUUUGACACCUAUCUAUUCACCACUUUGA